AUGGUCGAACUCAUUAGCCCUCCAGACCCGCGUGCUCUGCUUCCUGCCCUCCUCGCUUGCCUCCCCACAGCCUUCGUAUCUCCUCGCCCGCCGCCAGUCCUCCUCCCACUGCUCUCUCCAAUCCUCCGCCAGCGCAUCCAAAUCCUCACCUCCGUGUCCACAUCAUCCUCCGAGUCCUGGCUCCGCCUUCUCUGCUGGGACACCAUCAAAGCCGAGCGCCUACAGGCUAUCGUCGAUGAGGCGACCUUCGAGCCACACCCGGUCUCUGGCGAGAUCGAGCUGCCCACCGAGAUCCCGGUGACAUACAAGCGUAUCGAUGAUGAGACUCUGCGAGCCCAGGUGCUCCUGCCCGAGUACCGCCUCACCGUGAUCUACCUUUGGUGUCCAGACGAUGAGCAGGGCGGUGGGCGCGGCUGGCGUGUGGCGGAACUACUUCCGCGCGAGCUCCCCGCAGAUGACGAGAGCUCAUGGGCACCCUCGAUUGGCGAGGCGAAUGACCAAGCUAAGGAGAAACUCCUCGCCGACGCUCUGGACGAUCGUAUAGACGGCCCGGCCGUGGACGAUGGUCCGGCCGCGGAGGACGAUCACGAGGACGAGGACGAUGACUACUGGGCUCAAUACGAUGCUACACCGGGCAACAAAACCCCCGCGGUGCGGGCAGGCUCAUCAACCUUCCAACCCUCGGGCCUAUCUGAGGCCUCCUACUUCUCGCAGUACAGCGACGUCCAGCCCGCCAUGGACAACCAUGACCCCGAAGAAGAGCAGCCCGAAGUCGGACCAUCUUCGCUGAACGGCGACAUGCUCGCCAACCUGCUGCGGCGCCAGGUGAAUGGGCUAAACGGUGACUCCGCACGCACAAACGGCUACUCCGCCGGCGAAGUCCCCAGCGACGCCGCGGCCCAGGCUCUCAGCCACCCCCGUCCAGCCUCUACCUCAUCCAGUAACUCUGACGCAGUGGCCAGGUUGGAGCAAGAAGCUGCAAGCCAGAGCACGUACGAGGUGGGCGUGAAGCAGCAUAUUGGCACGAGCAUCAAGAGCCUGUUCCGGCUGGCUAAGGCGACGGGGAUGUCGCGGGGUGAGUUCCAGGGCCUGGUGCAGACGGAGCUGGAGCUGCUGGAUGUGAUGGAUAUGGAUGAUUGA